AUGGCGCAUCACUUGAUAUUGUCGUAUGGCCUCUACAAGGAAAUGGAUUGCUACCGUCCCCAUCCUGCCAGUGCCGGAGAAAUGACGCAAUUCCAUUCCGAAGAUUACGUCCAUUUUCUCUCCAAAAUCACCCCUGAUUCACUGCGACAAUAUCACACGUCCAUGCAACGUUUCAAUGCCGGAGAAACAACCGAUUGUCCUGUCUUUGAUGGACUCUUUGAAUUCACACAACUCUACACGGGAGCCUCUCUGGAUGGAGCCGUACAACUCAAUACGGGACAGGCCGAUGUCUGCAUCAAUUGGUCCGGGGGACUCCAUCAUGCCAAAAAAUCAGAGGCCAGUGGAUUCUGUUAUAUUAAUGAUAUCGUACUGGCCAUUCUGGAGCUGCUCAAAGUGCAUGCGCGAGUGCUCUACAUUGAUAUCGAUGUGCAUCAUGGAGAUGGUGUGGAAGAAGCUUUCUAUACUUGUGACAGGGUCAUGACAUUUUCUCUUCACAAAUACGGAGAUUUCUUUCCUGGAACAGGCCACAUUGGCGACGUGGGAGCCAAGGACGGUACAGGCUUUAGCGUCAAUGCACCACUCAACUCGGGGAUUACCGAUUCCACCUACUUCAAUGAUCUCUUCAAACCCGUCGUGGAAAAAAUCAUGCAAGUCUUUCAACCGGGGGCGAUCGUCUUGCAAUGUGGCGCCGAUUCACUCACGGGAGAUCGACUGGGGUGCUUCAAUCUCACCCUCAAAGGACACGCCGAAUGCGUCAAGUACGUACAGAGCUUUGGAGUACCCACAUUGGUUUUGGGUGGAGGUGGUUACACCAUUCGCAAUGUUGCACGGUUAUGGGCCUACGAGACUUCCGUCAUUUUGGGAAAGGAAAAUGACAUCUCCAAUGAUAUUCCCUUUAAUGAUUAUUUUGAGUACUAUGCACCGGAUUAUGAACUCCAUUUGACGCCCGAAUCCAUGGAAAACCUCAAUGGGAAAGACUCGCUCAAAUCAGUUCGGACGGAGCUGUUGCAGCAACUGCAAAAUUUGCAAGGGGCGCCCAGUGUUCAGAUGCAAGAGGUACCGCCGCCAUAUGAACGAGUCAACCCGGAAGACCAGGACAAGAAUGCCGAUGACAAGAGCGGUUCCAGUGGUGGCAGCAAGAAACGAAAAACCCACUCUGCGGAAUUGUACGACAAGGUUGAUUAA